AUGCAGGGCGGACAGGGCCAGCGGGCAAGAUUAUGUCCAUUUGCGAGUUCCUGCAGCCGCCUCUCAGACGGCACAGGGCCCUUCCCUCUCUGCCAUUUUUCCUCCCUUGACUUAUUCUCUCUUAUCUUCGCGUUUGAAAUCUCUGGAUGUCUCAUCUUCUUUGGCACCCCUUGGCUGUCCUCCUGCCUGCUUCGUGGCGGGGAGGGGGGGCUUGCUUUCUCCCUUUUUCUCCCGCUGCCUCUACCUCUGCUUUGCUUUGCUUGCUUGCUUUUUUUCUUCCUAAUCAUUAAUGUUAUCCACUUGAAGGCCGAUGAUGCCUGUAGAGCGCCCACAUGGGAUAAUUUAAUAGAUCUCUGA